AUGCUGGCUAACUCGGCCAAGCCGUCAAAAGAUCGAGCUUCUCCCACAGGCGCGAGUCCCAUCGCAAAUCAUGGAUCAUUAGGUUCUCGACAGCGAAGCAGCAUCCCUAUGACACCACGGUCAUUAGGGGGCACACAGGCCGAUUUUGCGCGACAACUAGCCGAGAGGAACCAAGCGCUACACCCGCAAAAGAAGUUUAAAUCAUCUGCCCCAAGGGGAGUGAAGCUGGGUACGGGUUAUAUCGACAGGUCACAAACUCGUGAGGCCAACGAAGAUGACCGGGAGGAGAGAUUAAAGGCACUUGAAAAGGCUCUUAAAGACGAAGAAAUCGAUCAGUCAACAUACGAAAAACUAAGAUUCCAAAUCGCGGGUGGAGAUCUUGGGAGUACGCAUCUGGUAAAGGGGCUCGAUUUCAAGCUUCUUGAAAGGAUACGCAAAGGCGAGGACAUCUACGGAAAGAAGGAAGCGGGAAAAGAGGAUCCUGAAGAAGUCGCCGCUGAAGAAGAUGUGGACGAUGAAUUCGAUCAACUUGAAGAACUGGACGUACAAGCAAUCACAAAGGAAAAGGUGGAAAAGAAAAAGGGGAAUCUCUCAACUGUGGCUCUGGCUCCAGGGAAGAAAAGAACACGCGACCAAAUUUUAGCGGAGCUAAAAGCAGCCCGGCUAGCAGCAAAGGAAGCCCAAGAAUCAACUCUCGGAGAUCGAUUCAAAAAAAUUGGAGCAAAACAAAAGCCAGGAACCAGGAUCGAGAAAGACAGUAAAGGGAGGGAGGUUUUAAUUAUUGUAGACGAAGACGGACAUGAGAAGAGGAAAGUGCGGAAGGUACAGCGCGACGAGGGAGAUUCACAGAGUGGCCUUCUAAUGCCAGACAAGGAUGCUAAACCGCUAGGUAUGGAAGUUCCUGAACAAUAUCGAAAGAAGGAGGAGCCAGAGGAAGACGAUGGUGAUGUGGAUAUCUUUGAAGAUGCUGGCGAUGAUUACAAUCCGCUGGCCGGAGUGGAGGGAUCCGACUCUGAUUCGGAUGAAGAAGAGAGCGACAGCAACCAGCGAAAAGUAAGCAUGGAAGCUGGCACCAAAGAAUCUAUGCCACCCCCACCAAAACCGUCUCUUACACAGCCAGAACGGCGCAACUACUUCAAAGAUGCAAAGACGGGACUUAUAUCCGAGAAAGCAAAUAGAGGACCAUCUAUGUCUGAUCCGGCAAUAUUGGCGGCCAUUAAGAAGGCAGCAUCUCUCAGGCCCAUUGAGCAAGAUGCUGAGGAUGAUAAAGCCAAGGAAGAGGCCAAAGCACUGGAAGAACGACGCAAGAAGCUCCUUCAAAUGCAGAGUAGAGAUGAUGAUGACAUCGACAUGGGCUUUGGCACUAGUCGAUUUGAGGAUGAGGAAGAUUUUGACGAUUCGAAGGUCAAGCUGUCGAAGUGGGGCGAUGACACUGGAGAAGAGGGUUCAAGUAGAGGCGACAAGUCAAAGCGGAAGAGGGGACCGAAGAAGCGGAAGGGCGAUGCUAACAGCGCGGCGGACGUGAUGCGGGUCGUCGAGCAGCGCAAGAAGUCGGGGUGA